AGACCGGGUAUGCCAACCUUUUGAAUCUUAUUUUAUCAACUCAAAUUUGCUGUCAAACCUUAAAAAUCUAUAAUUAUUUCACUCAAUCAUCUCCAUGUUGUAAGAAUCUUGUUCUGAUUCUACAUGAAAGUUUUGCAAGUAAUAAAUUCAACAAACACGUUGACUCUUUAAAAUCCUCAUGUGCUAAGUUCCAAGGUAUACGUUCUUUUAAGCUCUCUCUAUAUAUAACUAUUUGAAAAAUGUCUGAUGGAUACGAGAACCAAGCUCUUGAAAAUCUUGAGGGGAAGUAUCAAGCAAUGGUUGUUUGUUGUAUUCUUGGAAUCGGGUCUCUCGUUUCUUGGAACAGUAUGCUCACUAUCGCAGAUUACUACUACCAAGUUUUCCCGGAUUAUCAUCCUUCAAGGGUACUCACACUUGUAUACCAACCAAUCGCGCUUGGAACAAUCAUGAUUCUCGCAUACCACGAAUCGAAAAUCAGUACUCGAAAACGCAUCCUGACCGGUUACAUCCUAUUCACAAUAUCCACAUUCUUGCUCAUAGUCUUGGAUUUGACAACAAAAGGACACGGUGGAAUCGGACAUUAUAUUGUUUUAUGCACAAUUGUUGCUUCUUUUGGCCUCGCGGAUGCUACCGUUAAAGGAGGAUUGGUCGGUGAUUUAUCUUUGAUGUGCCCUGAACUUAUCCAGUCAUAUAUAGCUGGUUCGGGUAUGGCUGGUGCUCUAACCUCAGUACUUAGACUAAUAACUAAAGCUGCCUUUGAGAAAUCAAACAACCGUUUACGAAAAGGAGCAAUGAUGUUCUUAGCUAUCUCAACAUUCAUAGAAUUCCUCUGCGUGAUGUUAUAUGCUUAUGUGUUCCCGAAACUCCCCAUCGUUAAGUAUUACCGAAGAAAAGCGGCUUCUGAAGGAUCCAAAACUGUUGUUGCUGAUCUUGCUGCUGCUGGUAUCCAAAAUCAAUCAGAUUUGCUUCAUGAGUUUUCUAUGCAGAGUGAUGAUAAUUCGAAGAAUCAAAGGCUAAGCAAGAAAGAGCUGUUGCUUCAAAAUAUAGACCAUGCAGUGAAUCUAUUCCUCAUCUACGUUUUGACAUUAUCCAUUUUUCCUGGAUUCUUAUACGAAAACACGGGACAACACGGACUAGGCGAUUGGUAUGCACUUAUCCUAGUAGCGACAUACAAUUUUUGGGAUUUGGUCGGGAGGUACGCACCGCUGCUGAAUUGGUUGAAGGUUGAGAAUAGAACAGCACUAACGAUAGCGGUUUUAUCACGUUAUUUUCUCGUUCCCGCAUUCUACUUCACUGCAAAAUAUGGUGAUAAAGGAUGGAUGAUUAUGCUCGUUUCUAUUUUGGGAAUAACUACUGGACAUCUCACUGUUUGCAUUAUGACUAUAGCUCCUAAAGGAUACACGGGUCCGGAGAAGAAUGCAUUAGGGAAUUUGCUGGUGGUUUUUAUAUUAGGAGGAGCAGUUGUAGGAAUUUAUUUGGGUUGGUUAUGGCUUAUUGGCAAGAAAAAUGCAUUCUGAGUUAUCAUCAACAAAUGAUUCACAAAUCACAACAUCCUUUUGUGCAAUUAAUUCCAAUGAAUCUGACUGUUUAUGGCAAAAUUUGAGAAGCUUGGUGCCUCGAACCUAACUGUUUUUAUUCAUGAAAAAAAGAUGAAGAGAAUACUAACACGUAAAACUUUCAAAA